AUUGAUUUUAGUUCUGUAAAUUGUGGUUGUGUGCGCUAGUGUUUACAAAAAGCUUGAAUUUUAUUGGGUAAUCUCAGCGGAACGAAUAGCUCCGAAGUUGUUUUCGGCUAAUUUCGCAUUGACGCCGUGUUGCACAUAGCGCGUAGGUAUAUUAUUGUGUGGCUAGCAGGCUUGCCUUUUCUGAUUCUCAAGAAAGAAACUACUCGUUCAAGUAGAAAAAAUGUCAGAUUCCGAGACAGAAAUUAGCGAAGAAGUACUUCACAAGGAAAUUACAGAAAUUUUAAAACAUGCAAGCCUUGAGAAUACCUCCACCAAGAAGGUUAUACAGAAACUGGAGAAAAAGUUGGGAGCGGACCUCUCAAGCAAGAAGAAAAUGAUUGACCAGAUCGUAAUGGAUAUUGUGAACAACAUGGAAUCGGAAGACGAGGAAAUGGAUGAGUCCAGUGAUGAAGAACCAAAGAAGAAACCUCCUCCGAAGAAGGUGAAGAAAGAAGAAGAAGAUGAUGAUGACGAGGAACGGGAUGACAGCAAUGACAGUGAUUGGGGGUCUGGCGGCAAAAAGAAGAAGGCAGAAGAAAAGAAAAAGAAGGCUGCUCCCAAAUCUAAGAAGGAUAAGACAAAGAAGGGUGGUGGUGUGAAGAAAGCUCGCAAGGGUAGCGGAUACACGAGGGCUUGCAAGCUGUCUCCUGCGUUAGCAGAACUCAUGGGAGAGAGCGAGCUCCCGCGCCACGAGGUUGUCAAGCGGGUGUGGGCCAUUAUCAAAGAAAAACAGCUCUUCGACCCCAAUAACAGACAAUACGCCAUCUGCGACAAGGCCCUAUUCAAAGUCAUUGGAGAAGAAACGUUCCACACGUUCAGCAUGAUGAAAUAUUUGAAGAACCAUUUCCUGGACUAAUUAUUAUUAUUAUGUAAGUAUAACUUUAUUUCGUAAGUUGGUCAUGUUUUCGUAUUGUUUGGACGCUGUUUUGUUUGUGUUAGGGUCAGUUUAUACUAGAGCAGAGUCGAAGCGCAUCAAAGCGUAUUUCCAAAACUGAAAGUAACAAAUUCAACCUUAACUCCACAGCGUAACGCACACGUUACUUCUGAGAAUUUAGAAAGGCGCGCGCUUUCUUCGCAAUUCGCGGGUCUGCGCGUGAACAACGCCAAUUGGUGUGCACGUCAUGUGUGCAUUCUCGCGCCCACUAGCGAACCUACGCGUCAUCAGAGGGACGGAGCAUCGCGCAAGACGGACGGAGCUAUACAACCUACGUAGCUCCGUCCCUCUUGCACUGAUCAGUGAUCGACCAUUCUGACACAAUUGUAAUAGCAGACUAAGGCCCCUGUUGGAAAUUGGUCUGCAUCGGUGUUGAUCACAAUGGACUAUCGCGCGUAUUCGAGCGAAUGCGCGCGUAUUUGCUGGAAUUCGCUUUGGUUGUAAAGAAUUUGACGCUUCGAUGCGCUUCGACUUUGGGCUAGUAUAAAUUGACCCUUACGGUUAGUUUCAAUAACCAGUCCGUUGGUGGAUGAUUAGUAAGUAACUUAUGUCGAAAAAUCCACCUUUAGCUGGAUUAUUGAGACUGGUCUUUAGUGACACUCGCGUCAUGUUUUAGGGCAUGUCUUCCGAUGAGCUGAGCUUUAUAACUAUUUAAGAUGAGAAGGAAUCGUAUUUUCAGUCAAUUUUCAAAGAGAUGUAGGUUUACAAACAACCAGAGGCCUUAGUCUGCUAUUACAAUUGUCAGAAUGGUCGAUCAUUGAGCAAUGCGAGAGGGACGGAGCUAUACAACCUACAUAGCUUCGUCCCUCUUGCACUGGUCACCAUUCUGACACAAUUAUAAUAGCAGACUAGGGCCCCAGUAUUGCAGUGUAAAGCUCAUCAAGACAUCUUGUUUUUUUUUUUACUGAUAGUCGCAAUUUUGUUUCCUAGAAUCGUGAUCAUGUUAUUAGCCAUAGAUUCCAUUUUGCUAUUCAUAUAUUCUGGAUACAUUCAGUGUUGUACUCAAUAAUCAAUUUAGUCGCAUCCACUCGGAUGAAUCAACUUCAUAAUAAUUAAAAGUAUUCACUUUCGUAUCUCGUGUCUGAAAUAUCAGUACCCUUAGUACGAGUUUACGUGUUCGGCGCUCUGAUUGGUCGGCUAGAAUAAACCAACCAAUCAAAGCGCCGAACGCGCUUUCUUUUCGAUUACUUUGAACGUAAAGUAAACUUGUAGUAAGGAUACAGUAUGUUCCAUGUUUCUGUUUUUUCGAGCAUAAUAAACUAUAUUUUAAUUAAGAAUGCUCAAAAUUAAUUAGAUUUGAUCUAAUUUUGAUUGCAUUGUAAAAUGCAUUUAUUGUUUUUUUAUAUUAUGUACCUUUAACUAUGUAUCGAAUCAUGUCUAAGUCUAAAAAAAUCGAUUUUUUAUAAUAUUUUUCGCUCAUACAGUUUUUUAAAUCAAUCGAAAUAUUAUUUUCGUAUAUAUUUGGUAAAUCAUUUUAUAACUUAAGGUACAUUGUGAUGACUAUUAUAAUUAUUAUUAAUUAAUAUCGAAGUAUUUUACAUGAUUACGUCUAAAAUAAUCGACUAGGUGAUAAUUAUGUAACUCUAUUCCGCAUGUAAUAAGAUCCAUUUUUCAUUGUAGUCCAGUCAAUAAUUUUAUUGCAUUUCAGAUUAAUCACUUACAAUAAUGAUCCUUGUUCUAUGUAUUUAAGUAUUAUAAUCGUUUAAACGUGUUUGGCUCGCGAAUUUUCAUAUAAUAAUGAACCUAAGUUGUAUUCGAAUAAGUUUCACAAUUGUAAGUGAAUAAUAAAACUGGAAAUAUCUUGCCAGUCAGAUAUUUUUAAAGUAGUUCAAUUUUGUCAACAUUACACUUUAUACAUAUCGGUAGUAGAUUUUACCUUUUAAAUACAAUACCAAUGCAUUUUGUCCUGAUAGUAAUACUAGUAUUUAAUAGAUUGAAGUUUUUACUAUUGUUCUACUGGAUGGCACUAGUGUGCUCAGAGACACCUCUAUCAUUUAAAAUACAAACGUAUUCAUCAAAGACUUUUCGAUGGAGUCCUAGUCAAAGUAUUAUUACAAUGUUCAAUUGUAUUCUCUGAAAGUAAAAAAUCUCUUCAGAAUUUCUUAAACAACUAGUGCCAUCCUUUAAAGCAUAUACGAACUAGCCAGUCACAAUAACUCAUCAAGUAAUUACUGGAUUUUGGUCUUUAUAUCAUAGCAGCUUUGUGUCUUGGCAGCCAUCAAUCUUAGCAUAAGUAUACACUUUGUAAAUAUGUCAGUCAAGUAAGAAAUAACUGUCUUAUCGGUAAAUUGCUCAAUGUAAGAUGCCUACGGUGACCAGCAAGUCAACUUACUCCUUUCUUUCAAAGUUUAUUGUAUUUUAAACUUAUUUGUAAUGUUUUAAAGUUGAAAUUUCAUUGAAAAACUUUGACGGACUGAAGUUAUCUAUACUGGUCACAAUAUAAAAAAGCUGAAUAAAAAAGAAAAAGACAAUUUAUUUUCCUGUACUAUUACCAUCUCUGAGGUAUUGCUAUCCUUUUCAAACCUUUGUAGUAAGACAGAGAUAGCAGUUGAGCAAUUUAUCACUAAGUUUUUUCUAUAAUUGUAAGAUAAGCCUCUAGGCUUUUGAGGCUCUGAUAAAUGUGCAAUGUCUCGGGCCGUUGUAAGUCGAAUUAUGACUAGACUGAGGUUGUAUCUCUGCGAGAGGAUGAAUACAAUAAAGAUUAAACUAAAAAUA